CCUUGGCAAGUUCCUCAUGAUUUGCUCUCAUCGUCUUAAUGAAUUCAACUGGGAGUGCAUUGGCCCUGAUGCCCACCCCCUUAGAGAGUGGUCCAGUGCUCUUGCAUAUAUCUGCAGGGCUGCUCCAUGCGCUUCCAUUGUUCCAUCAGCUUCUGUCACUAACAGAUACUCCGAGAGGGAGUGUGGGAGAAAGCUAAGCCAGUUAGGACGUGGGAGACACUCGUACUACACAGACGCCCCUCACCAUUGAUGCGAAAGGAGUUGUUUCCAUGCGCCUGUGCUUUUGAAAAGUGGAACUUCUUAAGGCUGUUAGAAAAUACGGUUUUCUCUUGGAAGACUCACCUGUGGACAGGUGAAGUGAAGUCAUGGGUGUGAUGUCACUGCUGCUGUUGAUGGUGAUUGGCUGGUGUGGCGGAGCACCACCGGUGAGAGAGGUGUACAGAAUGCCACAGAGCGCGCUCAAAGCGCUGUCUGAUAGAGGAACAGUAGUGAUGGAGGCCGCUCUGUCCCGCGCUCUGUCUGCCGUGGAUGUUGCCGUGUCGGACCGGAGCAAGGCUGAGGCAGGCUGCAGAGGGUGUGUGCCCUGUCUGUUUCAGGACUGUGGACAGCGAAAAGGCGCGUGUGCGUCUUCAGAGGACACGCAGUCGGAGCCGAGUUGUGAAGUCAUCUCUCGCGCUCAGCAGGAAGCUGAUGAAGGCGAGAGGAGCUGGCUGCUGAGUCAGGCCUGUGGCUUCUACAAACGCCGUUGCACACCUGCACAGGUGAACAAAGACAUGUGCGUCAGAGUCAUGGGAGAGAGCUGCAGCGCUCGUGUCCUGCAGUGCAGUCUGCUCAACACCAUGCAGAACCUGGAGCCGGCCACGCAGUCCACGGCACAGGCUGUGUGUGGCCAACGUUUCUCCGUCACACAAAACCUGACACAGCCUCGCUCUCGUAUCAUGGGGGGAUCUCCUGCCCCUCUGGGCAGCUGGCCAUGGCUGGUGAACCUGCGGCUGGACGGGGCUCUGAUGUGUGGAGGCGUGCUGGUAGACAGCUCUUGGGUCCUCACUGCCGCCCACUGCUUUGCUGGGAGCCGCAGUGAGAGUUACUGGACAGCUGUAGUGGGAGAGUUUGACCUCACAAAAACUGACCCUGAUGAGCAGAUCAUGAAAGUCAGUCGCAUCAUCACUCAUCCGAAGUUUAACCCAAAGACUUUCAAUAACGACAUUGCUCUGGUGGAGCUGAGCUCUCCAGUAAUUCUGUCUGAACGGGUCACACCUGUCUGCUUGCCCUCUGACCUCGAUCCACCGGUUGGCACACCCUGUUUGGUGGCCGGCUGGGGCUCUCUGUAUGAGGACGGUCCCUCUGCAGAUGUGGUGAUGGAGGCGAAGGUGCCCCUCCUCUCUCAGACCACUUGUCGCAGUGCUCUGGGGAAGGAGCUGCUCACUAACACCAUGUUCUGCGCUGGGUACCUGUCUGGGGGCAUUGACUCAUGCCAGGGUGAUUCUGGAGGACCGUUGAUCUUCCAGGACCGUUUAUCAGGGCGGUUUCAGCUGUUUGGCAUCACCUCUUGGGGUGAUGGCUGUGGAGAGAGGGGAAAGCCUGGCGUUUACACACGGGUCACCGCCUUCUCUGAUUGGGUCAUGACAGAGAUACAGAAGUCUUUCGGGAGUCGAGAGCCCACAUGUCCUGAGCUGCUUAAGACAACUGAGCUGUCUGAGGAACAGCAGAUGUCAGAGUUCAGCACACUCUGCCACUUCUACACACUAUCCUGCUCUUCGACCCUCGACCCCUCGGCUUGCCAGCGUCUCGCUCAAGACAAAUGCCAAGGCCGAUUUAAGAAGUGCCAGUUACAUUCAUUUCUGCAGACUCUGCUGGACUUGCUUCAGAGGGCCGAUGACUAUAUCAGAGAUAAAGUCGAUCUGACCUUCUUCACUCAGAGUCUUCCUCAGUUGGUGGAGAAUGUGUACAGUUCUGCUCAUGUGCCACGAAGACGCAGAAAUGCACUUGAAACAGAGCAGGUAGGCCUGCCAGCAUUAUUCCAGCAAGUGGGCCCCCUGGUGGACGAUUGGGAAAGCUACCUCAGAGGCAUUGCUGAAGAUCUGGAUCAACACAAAGAACUAAAGAACUCAAAGAACUUGUCUCAGGAGCAACAACUCUUCACACCAGAUGAGGACAGUGAAAAUGCACCUCUUCAGCAGCUCGACGGAGCGCUGCGCUCCUCCAUUACUGCCCUGCGUUCCAAACUAGAAUCAUUGCGCAUUCCUGUCAUGCCAGAAUUGGACCACCAACUGUUUCAGAGGGAUUUCACCAUUUCCACCACUGAAAAACAGCAACAGGAUAAUAGUGCGCAUUCGAGGGAGCCUGUAUUGUCAGCUGACAGUUGGACUUCUCUGAUAUAUAAAGCUCUCAAAGAAAGCAGCACAGAAAGUGGCACAGGACAUCCUGUGAUGACAGAAUCCCCUCGGAAAGAUAUGGAUACAACAUCCAGAUCCACAAAAUCUUCGACACAACCAAUGACCGUGGAAACUUCUGACUCACUCCUCGAGAAACGCUCUGUCCCUACCCAGAUGCCCCAGCUUCAACAGCCACUCUUUAAAAAGCUCCUGCAGAGGAGAAAGAGAGACCCACACAAGCGACUGAUACGAGGAGCCAAUGACAAAGUUUGCUCAGGAGUAACUGAAUCAGCUCAGCUGGUCAGCACCACCAAAGAGAUGUACAACUGGAUCCUGGCUGUUCCAUCUAACAACAUAAACAUGAUCUUCCAGGAGGUGCUGGUUGACCUGAACACUAAGAAUGAACGUGGUUUGUACCAGUCACGGAUCAAGGCCACUGUUGGUGGACGACCUUUGACCUUUUACAGCUUGGUGGGUUUGGAGAACGAGGCGUUUUACCGCAGCAUGCCACGCAUCAUUGCCGUUGCCAUUGAUGCUCUCAAAACAUAAAGCGAACUCGCUCACACUCAUGCACUCUGCUGAAAUGAUACUUGAGCUGUAAUGGAAUCCCGACGCUGAGCAUUGUGACAUUCUAAACUCUAAUGUGACGUCAUGUGCUGCUAUGGAAAUUAUUGCAUAGGACCUCCUUUCUAGAGUCAUCACUGGACAGCUGGACAGCUGACACUUUCCUGGAGGAUGAAGGUUGUCAGUUGGUCACUGCACUCUGAGACUGGACCGAUGCUGACACUAUGUUCACCCUGACUUAACUUAUUUGGCAGGGACAGAGGUUGAUCCUCCUGUCCGAGCUGCAAACUGUACAGAUAUUAUAUUUGAUGUUUGUUAUAUAUUUAUUUGUAUUACUUUGUAUUUUUUUAUAUUAAAACAAAUUAUUAAAAAUGCUAAAAAUGA